GUUCAGGUAUGUCUCCCUUGUUCUACCUCGAUCUUCUUCUCGAUUCAUCAUUAUACACAUCUAUACAUACAUAUAUGUAUAUGCCCUAAUUAUUAUUGCUGCUAUUGUUACAGGUGAAGUCUUACAGGUCUUGAUAUCGAACCAUGUCGCCGGCUAAAGUGGAUGUGACCAAGAAGUCUGAUGCAAAGGCUCAGGCACUGAAAACAGCAAAAGCUGUGAAAUCUGGCACAACAAAAUUCAAGAAGGUCAAGAAGAUCAGAACCUCGGUCACGUUUCACAGGCCAAGGACACUGACCAAGGACAGGAAUCCCAAAUAUCCCCGUAUCAGCGCAACUCCAAGGAACAAGCUUGAUCAGUACCAGAUCCUCAAGUACCCAUUGACCACUGAAUCUGCAAUGAAGAAGAUUGAAGACAAUAACACUCUGGUUUUCAUCGUUGACAUCCGUGCCAACAAGAAGAAGAUUAAGGAUGCUGUCAAGAAGAUGUAUGAUAUUCAGACCAAGAAGGUCAACACAUUGAUCAGGCCUGACGGAACAAAGAAAGCCUAUGUUAGGUUGACUCCUGACUACGAUGCAUUGGAUGUUGCCAACAAGAUUGGUAUAAUUUAAAUGACUUGUUGCAGUCUGGAACAGUUGUAUGGUAUUUUGCUAGAAUUACAUUGCGUUUUCGAGUAUUUGAUGAGAGAUCAUUUCCCGUAUGUAUCUCAAAGAUUUCUCUUUUUCUUUAGUUAACUGUUGAACUGUACCUGGAAGGUUUUCUUUUGUUAUAUUCUAGAAUAUCAAUUUUGAGUUUCUUA